CGAGUCGAAAGUAUCGAUUUCCAUCCAAAGGUGUCGAUAGACCCGCAAUAUCAAUUAAUCGAAAUCGGUAUUAUAUCGAACUUCCAAUCGUUUCAGAAAAACGAACCAAAAAGUUUGAAUCAGUUUCAUGAAUUCAAGAGAACUAGGUCUUUUUAAUCAAAGACUUUUUUAAUUCAAUAAAUAAAUCAAUUUUUUUUUAGGCCCACGAUAUUAUUAGAGGAUGCCAAAAAUAAUUGAACUCCGGCCGAGAAAAGAACUCUUGAACAAUCAUUUUGAGAAAUAUCAGUUCUCCUCGGAAGUCAUUCCAGUCACCGAAGAGAUAAAUCUGCCAAAAAAGGUGAUCCACCGAGUGCCAUCCCCUGGUCAGGACUCUCUCCUGGAGGCUCGUCUGUUCGCCUUCCACAAUCAUUUAUUCCAGAGCCCCUACGACGACUCCUGCUGGUUCGUCGACGAGGAUGACACUCUGUGGUGUUUCCAGCCAGAUGGAACCCUCCAUCACGUCCACUCUCUCCCCAACAGCAGCCCCAGGUCCUUCAACUCCACGAUAUCAUUCGCCUCCGAGGAAAUCAUCGUUGUGAGCUCCGGAGGAAGUUCUCUCGAUGUAAUCCUACCAAAUAAUGAAAAUCCAGAGCAGAAGGUGAUCCUUACUCUAAAAGAAAUUGAUUCUGGAGUUCUGAUGGACGCACAGCACCUCCAGGAGAAUAAUUCCCUGAUCAUCCUCAUGUCCUGCAUCAUCGAGGAGAGCAAUAAGAAGAAAUCCAAGAUAGUAGUGCUGAAUUACUCGAUAGAAAAUGUAGAGAGUCCCAAAUUGUCCAGGAGGCAGGAGCUGGUGGUGAAUGGAUCGGUGGAUUACGCUUAUAUCGAGUCAUCUGGGGAUUCUAUUGUCGUCCUCAGUGGAGACCCUGCGAGAUUUACUCAGGACUCGAUGAAGCCAGUUCAUGAGUCCUCGGAGGAGUCCUCUCCUGGGGUAAAAAUACCCAGUCACUACUGGUCCCAGGAUGAAGAUUCGGUGAUAGUCUGGGUGAAAAUCCCAGAGAGGCAUAACAAUGCGCAGGUCGUCGUCGACGUCACAGCAAAUUCACUCCGGAUUUCUGUCGAGGAUGAGGUGCUCAUCCAGGGAAACUGUCAAUUUUCGAUUGACCCAGAUACAGCGACCUGGGGCAAGGAAGCAAACGGUUUCAAGGUGGAAGUGAUGAAGGCAGCUCCUGGACAGAUGUGGAGUGAACUCAUCCAGGGGAACACUGAGGGAGAGCAUCUGCCAAACGAGAGACUGGCUGCUGAAAUUCACUCCAGAUUGUCCCACCUCUGCACAGAUGCCUCAGAAGUUGAAACAGGACAGCCAGCAAUAGGUUUCAACGCAGACCAGCUGGAGGAGUGCGACCUGGAGGGCAAUCAGAGCUACCUCCAGAGGAUAAACCUGGAAUUCCACCUGACAACUCAUCUCGCCAUCCUGGGGACUAACAAUCGUCUCCUCUUCACUCAACAUCAACGUCUCUGCAUACGUCAGGAUCACGACGGCUGUGUCUGGCAUCUCCAAGAGGUCCCUAACGACUGGCAACUCAACCACGAGAGCACUUUCCCUGGUUUUGGGUACGUGGAGGCCAGUAAAAGUAAUAAAAAAUUCUGCAUUUCACCAGGGAAUGGUCACUACGUCGUCAUCGUGGAAGACACAAGACAUGCCUUUAUUUAUGAGAGACCUGGGGCAAAUGCCAGGAUCGCUAGACAAAAAAUCGUCGACCUGGGCCCCAAGGCCCUCUCCAUCGUCGGUGCUGUUGCCACAAAUGAGUAUCUUAUUCUUCUCACUGAGAAUCAAUUGUACAAGCUCAAAGUUUAACUGGAAAAUCCUCAAUAAUACGAAUAAUAAUG